UGACAGUCAUCAGCUUGAUCUUCUCCUUCGUGUCAACACCUCAGCAAAGAUGGCAUCAGUCCUUCCAUUGGCUGUGUGUCUCUGUCUGUCCAGCGGACUGCUGGCUGCAUAUGGUGCCCCCCCCGCCUGCCCUCCUGAUUGGACUCAGUUUGGCUCUCGCUGUUUUGAAUUCUACAUCGAGCCAAAGUCCUGGCUCGAUGCAGAGACCGCCUGCAUCGCUGCUGGAGGGAAUCUGGCGUCCAUCCGCUCAGCUGCAGAACAUGCAUUCCUCAAAGAGUUCAUCAACAAAGUGUCCGGUACCCACAAAACCACCUGGAUCGGAGGCAGUGACGCAGUGAAGGAGGGUACGUGGUUGUGGUCUGAUGGAUCCAGAUUCAAGUACAAAAGCUGGAAUGUGGGGCAACCUGACAACUGGUUUGGAGAGAACUGUCUUUUGAUGAACUGGCCUCAAGGAAACACCUGGAACGACUGGGGCUGUAACAACCUGGCUUCUUUCGUAUGCUCCAAGAACGUGUUUGUGUGACUGUGACACACCAUCAUGAUGUCUCUACAUCUCAUCUCUAAUCUCUAGCAUUGAUUAACUUUCAGUUUGUUCUGCAGACAGAAACAUUUCUCUGCUGACAGAUGACUUACUUUCACUUGUUAAUUAUCUGAAGAGUUAAGGGAACGGUUCACAUUUGGUUUUAAAAUCAGACAGAAACUGGCUCACUGAGCUGGACAA